CAGUCACUUGUUCUAACUUUGAUAUACUAAAAAACACUAGCAUUGAGUUACUAAAUGUAGAAAAUAUUGGAUUUUGAUUCUUUAAUCCAUUCAACUUAUUAAUAUUAAACCUUUUCAACUACUCCAAGUUAUUACUCUAAAAGUUUCCUUUUUUUUUUUUUCUUGACAGUUUUGGUGGCCACUACCGACACUGCAGUUCACUUCAACUCUUCUUUUUGUUGGCUUUUUAUGCAGGAAAACAUGAAACAGAUAUUUGAAUUGCCUUGACGAGCUAUUGAUAUUGAAGUGAACUUUAAGAAUGAAGUACCGCGAGGAGCUUCAGUAUUUGCGUCAAAUUGAUAAAAGGAAAUGGAUUUUGAUAGUGGUGUUGGUGGCUGUGACUCAUUUAUUUUGUCAGACGUUGAUGCUUCCUUAUGGAAAUGCCCUCUGUUCUCUGUUAUCGGAGAGCAAGAUUCUUCUACCUGAGAAGAUAAGUUUGUCGGUUACAGAAUCUCCUGUCGUGGAAAAAUCUGCAAAUGUUGGUGACAGCCUUUCAAAUUUCGAUAAUGCACAUGUGUUGAUUGAUCGUGUGAAAAGUACAGAUAAGGGUGAUGCAGGUGAAGAUGGCGAAAUCGAUGAGGUAAAACUGCGUAGCAUUCAUUCAGUUGGUAAAGCGCUGGAUAAUGACUCUGAUUUUGUUGAAGAUGCAACUAUUGAGAACGAUAAUCUAUUUGAUGAAGUCGUGGACAUGGAUGAGGAAACUACAAUGCUGAAGAACGACGAAUCUAAACAGGACCUUUCUUUAGAGCAAGUUGUAAAACCAAAUGGUGAACUUUCAGCAGACUCGGAGUUAGAUGCAAAUAGAAAUAGCGUGCUUAAUGAUACUAAAGCUGCGAGUCUAACUAACUUAUCGUCUGUGGUUGCUUCAAACCAUCUAGAUCACUUGCCAUUGGUUACCAUAAAUGAAAGAAACUUCAUUUAUACUGAUAAUAACAAGUCUUCAACUGGAGAUUCGACUCAACUUCUCCAAAGAAGUCCAGUAAAAAAGAAGAUGAGAUGCAUGUUGCCACCGAAAACAAUUACUUUAAUUUCUCAGAUGGAAAGGUUACUAGUUAGGCAUCGUGCUCGUUCACGUGCUAUGAGACCUAGGUGGUCCUCAGAAUGUGACCGUGAAAUUCUGGCUGCUAGAUUGCAGAUUGAAAAUGCUCCACUUCUGAGGAAUGAUCGAGAACUUUAUGUUCCCGCCUUUCGAAAUGCGUCCAUGUUCAAAAGGAGCUAUGAACUCAUGGAGCGGAUUCUCAAAGUUUAUGUCUACAAGGAAGGGGAGAAGCCCAUUUUUCAUCAACCAAUAAUGAAGGGAUUGUAUGCAUCCGAAGGAUGGUUCAUGAAACUAAUGGAGGGAAACAAUAAGUUUGUUGUGAAGGAUCCCCGAAAAGCUCACUUGUUCUACAUGCCCUUUAGUUCAAGAAUGCUGGAGCAUUCUCUUUAUGUGCGUAAUUCUCAUAAUCGAACAAACCUACGCCAGUAUUUGAAAGAAUACUCAGAGAAGAUUGCAGCAAAAUAUCGUUUCUGGAACAGAACUGGUGGGGCUGAUCAUUUUCUCGUUGCAUGCCAUGACUGGGCUCCUUAUGAAACGAGGCACCACAUGGAGCACUGUAUCAAGGCCCUCUGCAACGCGGACGUAACAUUAGGCUUCAAAAUAGGAAGGGAUGUGUCCCUUCCGGAAACAUAUGUUCGCUCUGCCAGAAAUCCUCUUAGAGAUCUUGGAGGAAAGCCACCAUCUCGAAGAAAAGUUCUCGCAUUCUAUGCCGGGAAUAUGCACGGAUACUUGCGUCCAAUCUUGCUCGAGCAUUGGAAGGACAAAGAUCCUAGUAUGGAAAUCUUUGGUCCAAUGCCAAGUGGUGUUGCUAGCAAAAUGAAUUAUAUCCAGCAUAUGAAGAGCAGCAAGUUCUGCAUCUGCCCGAAGGGCUACGAAGUCAACAGUCCAAGAGUCGUAGAAGCCAUAUUUUACGAAUGCGUGCCAGUCAUUAUAUCGGAUAAUUUCGUGCCUCCCUUUUUCGAAGUCCUGAAUUGGGAUGCAUUCUCGUUAAUCCUAGCUGAGAAGGAUAUUCCGAACUUGAGAAGCAUACUUCUUUCCAUACCGGAAAAGAAGUAUCUCGAUAUGCAACUAGCUGUCAGGAAGGUUCAGCGUCAUUUCCUUUGGCAUGCAAAGCCGGUAAAAUACGACUUGUUUCACAUGACACUUCAUUCGAUUUGGUAUAAUAGAGUUUUUCAAACGAAAGCGAGAUGACAACAGCAAAGGAUUGGUAGAUUAUGGUUAUAGUUUCCUAUUAUGAUGUUCAGACUCUUAAAAAAUGCCCCCAGGUGUGUGUCGGAUCCUCCAAAAGUAAGUGUAUUUUUUGGAGGAUCCGAUACGGGUGCAAAAUUACUUUUGGAGAGUUCGAACAACAUAGGUUUCCUAGCCUCCAAAAGGUUUGUGACAAUUCUGAGAUAAGCUUUUUGGAGGAACUGUUACUUUGUAUAUUGUAGGUUGUAUUUUUUUUUUUGGUACCACAAUGUGCUUGUUCAAGAAAAAUAUGGACUUGAAACUUUUGGUCUAUUGAAGCUGUGGUGUUCUUUUCUUAACAA